CAUCUAUUUUGUAAUUUUUUCCCUGCUUAUGUUUAAGAGAAAAAAUAGGGAAAAACAGCUCAUCCCACAUGCCCAAAUAAACGCACAGCAAACUUCCCCCCUCUCCGCCCGCUUGCCCUCAAAGGUUGUUGUUUUUUGCUCUCUUCGCUCUUUCUUCCUCUUUUUGGUCUUCACUACGCUUUUUUUAAUAUCACUCGUUUUAUUUCUUUAGAACUAUCUCGUUCUUCUUAGUACUAAUCAACUUACUUUUCGAAUCACUAUGACUGACUCCAUCACUACUAACGGUCUUGACCGCGACACUCUGGUCUACAUGGCCAAGCUCGCCGAGCAGGCUGAGCGCUACGACGAGAUGGUCAAGUACAUGAAGGCCGUUGCCAAGCUUGGUGCUGAUCUGACCGUCGAGGAGCGCAACCUGCUGUCUGUUGCCUACAAGAACGUGAUCGGGUCCCGCCGUGCCUCGUGGCGCAUUGUGUCCUCUAUCGAGAACAAGGAGCACUCCCGGGAGAACCACGCCCAGGUCGAGCGGAUUAAGGGCUACCGCGCCGUCAUCGAGUCCGAGCUGCACGAGGUGUGCGAGGACAUCCUUGCCGUCCUUAAGGAGAACCUGCUGAAGACCGCUGUCGAGCCCGAGUCGAAGAUCUUCUACUACAAGAUGGAGGGUGACUACUACCGCUACCUUGCUGAGUUCCUCCAGGGUGACGAGCGCACUGCCGCCGCAAAGUCAGCCGAGAAGUCCUACAACGAGGCUUCGGAUGUCGCCAACAACGAGCUCGCCUCCACCCACCCCAUCCGUCUGGGCCUUGCCCUCAAUUUCUCGGUAUUCUACUACGAGAUCGCCAACUCGCCCGAGAAGGCCUGCAAGCUCGCCAAGGAUGCCUUUGACGAUGCCAUCGCUGAGCUCGACAACCUGUCGGAGGAGUCGUACAAGGAUUCGACUCUGAUCAUGCAGCUCCUGCGCGACAACCUGACCCUCUGGACUUCGGACCUUAAUGAGGAGGCUGCCCAGAACCAGGAGGCCGAGGCCGCCGCCCCCGCUGCCGAGGAGGCCAAGGAGGCUGCCGAGACCAAGGAUCAGGAGUAAACUUUUUUUACUAAAAAAUAUUCUAAAUUCUCAAGCUCUUUUUUUGCAACUCUAUCAUUCUAAAUGGUAGGGUUUUUUAUUUUCAUUUACUAUUCUACAAUUUAAAAAAUUUUGGCUGUCGAGGUUUA